AUGUCUACCAAAAGAAAAGCGCCGGCGAGGUUCGCCCCUCCUACUGUCAAAUCAUCCAUCAAAGUCUCCACCAAAGCAGCCAUUGACGAGUCUCGCACCGCCGUCUCUGCGACCGAUGCUCUUCAAUCUGCGGUGAAACAGAUCCCAGAGACAAUCGACAUCUCCUCCGACUCAAAUAGCGACGAUGCUCUGUCAGACGAAGAAGCCGAUUCGGACGAUGAUGCCAUGAACGGCGUGGAGGCCACAGAACCCUCCCAGAAGAACAAGUCAUUACAACUACCGCCCAGCCAAGCCAAUGGCGACGGUACAUCUCACCUCCUCUCACAUGACCAGACCUCUCCCAAUGCCGAUGCCGCCCCCGAAUCAGACGCUGAAGCGACUUCCCCUUCCUUCGGUGAGCUGCUGCGCGGCACCAUCGACGUCCCUGCCAUCCUCUCUCAGCAGCAGCCCGACGGCGCAUCCAGCAAAACCGUCACGCAGACCUCCCGCAACCUCGCGCCUCCUUCCCUCUCCUCCCUCAGCACCGUCCUCACGCAAGCCCUGCGAACCGAAGACACCGAGCUCCUCGAGUCCUGCCUCGAGGUCAACAACGUCGAAUCCGUACAGCAGACCAUCGAGCGCCUCGACAGCAGCCUGGCCGGCGUUCUGCUCACCAAGCUCGCCACUAGAUUCCACCGCCGGCCGGGACGCGUCGGAAGCCUCAUGAUAUGGGUCAAAUGGACCCUCGUCGCCCACGGCGGCGCACUCGCCGUCCAACCGAAGGUGCUGGACCGGCUCGUCGGUUUGCAAAAGGUGCUCAACGAGCGAUCGCGGGGCCUGCCGAGUCUUCUGGCGCUCAAGGGCAAGCUGGACAUGCUGGAUGCGCAGAUGCAGCUCAGGCAAAACCGCCAGCGGAGGAGAGGCAUCGAGGCGGGGGAUAGCGAGGACGAGGAAGGUGCCGUCUAUGUCGAAGGUGAAGAGGAGGAGAAGGAGGAGGAGGAGGACAGGAGCGCGAUACUCCGUUCGAGGGGAAUUGGCGGCAUCGACGACGACGAGGAUGGCGCGCCUGUGACGAAUGUUUUCGUCGGCGAGUCUGACGUGGACGAUGACGAUGACAGCGUGGUGGUGGAGGAGGAGGGCGCCGACGACGACGGCGAGGACGAGGGAGACGAGCCGCUGGACGAGGACGAUGUGGAUCACGACGAUGUGGAGGAUUCUGCGGACGAAGACGAUGACAGCGAUGCCGAGGCAGCACCGCCCGCCAAGUUGCAGAAGGUCACUCGUUCCUUCGGGAAGAAGCGUUAA